AUGUCCGAGUACCUCGGAUGGAGGGAUCGCGUACCGCUAACCAGAUCGCAGUCAGCAUCACUCAAAGAACCAACCGUUUACGGUGGACCGGUGACUCACAGCUAUGAGAACUAUGUGAAAAACAUAUUUCAUCCAAUGAAUCGACUAAAAAAGGACAGUUCGCAACUCGCUGCUGAUCACGGUGUGUCUGCCACUAAUAUGCUGAAUAUGGAGCGGUCGUUGGGUCGUUACGCCCUUGACGAUUCCAUGGAUGCUUUCGAUGACAGCAACUCAUUCCUGAAAACCCCUCUGGAGGCACUAUACUCAGAGCUUGGCCUUAAAUCAUCAGAACAUGCACUUUAUCGCCAGUUUCCUGUCUACAUUCCGAAACAAUCGAGUGAAUAUUUCGCCAUAUCCCAUGGAGCCGAACGACGACCCGAUCGAUACUCGAGUGCUGGCUGCUACUCAUCUUAUCGCGAGAAAGAUGAUGAUGAAUACGCCAAAAACAACCACAAAACCCUCAUCGAUUACAAGAACUUUGACAGCUCUCCCCUUUCUCCGUAUCUCUACAGAGAUCAUCCGUAUGUCAGGUCGCAAGACUCUCGAAUCAUCGGAUCAAAUUUCGUGCAGGUGACAUCUCGUCCGAAAGACCGUUUUCUCGAGAAGGUUGAACAAACGUUGGCUGAGGUGCGAGCGAUGCCAAGAUACACUUAG